UGUUUUGGUGGUGUAGCUGAUGAUGAAGGACCGUAUGUCCGUCUAAACAUGUUUGAAGUGUUGUAGGAGGUAUUCGUUUGUUGUUUUGUUCCAGAUGGAGAUAUUUGGAAGUACAUUCGAUGACUCCGUGUUUUCGGAGGCCAGAGACCGAGUAUGUGAGUCUCUGACAUCAUAUAACCCCAAGAUGUGUGAGGCAGAGUGGUUUUGUGAAGGUGCUGCUUUGGAAACAGACGAUGCAAUAGAGAAACAGAAAGUUUACAAGUUUAGAGGAGACCUGGCCAUGAGAAAAGGGAACUAUCAGAAAGCCUUAGAAGCGUACAACAGCUGCCUGCAGUGGAUUGCUGACAACAACCUGACCAUUAGGCGGGAUGUGCUGGAGGGAAUGGCUCGAUGCUGCACCAAACUAGGACAGAGAGACCGAGCUCUGGACUUGGUUGAUUUACUGAGCAAAGAAGCCUCAAACACCUGUCACCUGACAAGUCUGCUGCUGCUAAAGGUCAGCGUACAUCAGCAUUUUGGAUCUGUGAGAUCAAAGAUAUCCUGUCUGCAGCAGCUGUGCAGCCUGCUUCCCUUUAACCCCUGGCACUGGCUGAGCUUAGGACAGGUGUGUUUGCAGCUACUCGACCCCAACCCAGCCAUAGCAGUGGAGGGUCUGCAUCUAGAGGAGGAAGAGGAACUCCACAAGGACUGGAUCUGGCUCAAAGCCUGCAUCAGUUUCAUCAGGACAAGAUUGCUGUUAAGAGUCCUUCGGCAGCAGCAGUCCUCUUUUGUGCUGCAGCGCAGCAGAAGGGCGUUAGAGAUCACAGAGGAGGCGCUACGGCGCUUAAACCCUAAAGAAAAAACACUCCAGACUCUUACUGAGGUGAUGUCAGAAGAUCUGAUUCCAGAAAAGAUGAGGGAGGACUUUCAGGACGGGGAGAGCCUGUCCAGCGUGUGCUUGCAAGGCUUCAGAGAGCGAUGGUGGAGCAAGGUCCAACUGACAUGUGCUGCAGACCGAAACGGGGAAGAAAAAGCCACAACACUGCAGUCACUCAUGUCACCUUAAACAUUUCUAUGAAUGUUUUAAAGAUUCUGCAAUAUUUAAAAUAAAGGUUUGCUUGUUUCUAAUGUGUAAGUGUAUAAAGAUGAUUGUUUUUUGCACUGUAAAUAUACAUUUUAAAACUCACAUUUUUUUUUGCUUUAAAUAAAAAAAUGGAAAUGUU